UGAAGAAUUGAAUAUAAAUUAGGCUAAAAAGAAAAGAGGAAGAGGGAGACAAAACAAACAAACAAACAAUCUGUAAUCUCUGUACCUUUGCAUCUGAUGCUCUUAGAUUUACCCAACGCUUCAUCGCCCCUCCAAUCGAAUCGGAUUGAUUAGAUAUGGCAUCAAUGGUUGCAAAGGCUUGCAGCAGCACUUCCAGUCAAAUGCCAGUGGCGAUGUCGGCCUGCGAUAAAGGAAGUCGAAACAAACGUAAAUUCCGAGCUGAUCCUCCAAUGGCGGAUCCAACUAAGACCAUCACAAUGCCUACAAAAGAAAGCACAAGUUUCGAAUUCUCGGCUGAGAAGUUUGAUAGCCACCGUCACCAUACAAAUAGCUAUGAUUUCUGUUGUGUGGAUCAAAAUACAUCGAAUGCUUUGAAGCUCGACCUCGGAUUGGGGACAUCCACAGUUGCCGCAAGUCGAUCUAGAGAGCCGGGAGAUGAUCCCCACAACGCUAAUUGGAGUGAUUUUUCCGAAACUGAGCUGGAAGAGCUUGUGUUGAAGAAUCUGGACACGAUCUUCAGAAGCUCAGUGAAGAAAGUAGUUGCAGAGGGCUACAAAGAAGAAGUCGCUGCUAAGGCUAUUUUGAGGUCCGGCAAUUGGUACGGCUGCAAGGAUACUUUGUCGAAUAUUGUCGACAACGCUCUUUCAUUCCUCAGAAGUGGUCGAGAAAUCGACCCCUCAGUGGAUCACUGCUUCGACGAUUUUCAGCAGAUGGAGAAGUAUGUGUUGGCGGAGCUCGUUUGUCUUCUCAAGGAAGUUAGACCGUUUUUUAGCACAGGAGAUGCGAUGUGGCAUUUGUUGAUAUGUGACAUGAAUGUGUCGCACGCCUGUGCUGUUGAUGGUGAUUCGUCGGGUACUUCAACCUCGAAUGAAAAUUUUUCCGCUCCUCCUCGACAGUUGGCAACUGAGCUCGGAGGAUCUGAAUCCAAUGGGCCGAUCCAUUUUAAAGCGAAGGCACCGGCUUCAUCGAAUGAUGGGAUUACCGUGAAAUCUGAGUUAAAGCCGAGUUUUAUUCCGAAUGGACUGAUUACAGAAAAAGAUCAUCUGAGCUCAAAUUCCGGUGCUCCUGAGAGGACAUUUUGUGCGACGGGAAUGUCCAAAUCGACGCUUUCGGUUCAGAAGUUUGUGGCUAGUCGGAAAGCUUCUGGACUGUCCAGACCGGAUUAUAUCUUGCAGCAGAAGGGGGUGCGUCAUGCAACACACAACCGUCCGAAAGGCGCGUCCAGAUCGGGUAAGCUUAGAAGCUACAGUUGUCCAUUCUUGGAUAAGAAGCUUAAAGGUGUCGCAGAUUCGACGCUUCUGAAUGCCAAGAAUUCUCCCUUCACGGCUGAAAAAGCAGUUGGAUUUGACACGCCUGCAGAUAAUAAUUUGUCGACAAAUGGAUUUACUUCAGUACCGACAUUUGGUGUGGAAAGUAGCGAUCAUUCUUCAUUAUUUCCGAAGAAAUCGGGCGUCUCGUCGUUGCCUUUACCUAUGGUUCCAUUCAAUCCGUCGCCUGUCACUGAUACCGAGCUUUCUCUUUCGUACACGACCAAGAACAUCGCUAAUCUGCCGGCUAUUAGUUUCAACGCGCAGAGUUCGAUUUAUAAUUUUAAUUCGACGAAUGAUAUGACUCUCGAGAAGUGGUCGUGGCAUAUCCGAAAGGAUGAUGUGAUCGUGAGGUUGGUUCCACGUAUUCGAAACAUGCAAAAUCAGCUCCAAAAAUGGACGGAAUGGGCGAACCAGAAGGUUAUGCAAGCGGCUCGAAGGCUGAGCAAAGAUAAGGCCGAGCUGAAGUCGCUUAGGCAGGAAAAGGAAGAAAUCGAGAAGGUUAAGAAAGAAAAGCAAUCAUUGGAAGAAAGCACCACGAAGAAAAUAUACGAGAUGGAAAACGCGCUGCGCAAGGCCGGCCGGCAGAUUGAACAGUAUAAUGCUGCCGGCGCUCGGCUUGAAAUCGAGAAUGCUACGUUGCGACAGGAAAUGGAAGCUGCAAAAUUGUGCGCUGCAGAGUCGGCCGCAAGCUGCCGGGAGGUGUCGAAGAGGGAGAAGAAUACGCUGAUGAAGUUUCAGUCGUGGGAGAAACAGAAAGUUAUUUUCCAGGAGGAGCUUUCCGCGGAGAAGAUGAAGAUGAUGCAGCUGCAACAGAAGCUUCGACAGGCGGUAGAAAUACAAGAUCAAGUCGAGGGGAAGCUGAAUCAGGAAGUGCAGGGAAACGAGGAGCUGCUGGCGCAGGCGAAUACGCUGAGAAAAGAACGUGAGAAAAUCGAAGCGUCGACUGAAUCCAAAGAGGCGACGAUCAAAUCUCGAGCGGAAGCGAGUCUACACAAGUAUAAAGAAGACAUCGCACGUCUCGAAAAGGACAUAUCUCAGCUGAGGAUGAAGACCGACUCGUCGAAAAUCGCGGCACUCCGUCGAGGCAUCGACGGGAGCUACAUCGCGGACUCGAAAAAGGCGACAGCAGCAGCCCUUAAGGAGCUGUCGAAAAUGGUGACGAGCGCGGACCUCGACUACUUUUCCGGGAACGGCGGGGUGAAGCGCGACCGGGAAUGCGUGAUGUGCUUGUCGGAGGAAAUGUCGGUCGUUUUCCUGCCGUGCGCGCACCAGGUCGUGUGCCCGACGUGCAACGAGCUCCAUGAGAAGCAGGGGAUGAAGGAUUGCCCGUCGUGCCGGAGCCCGAUCCAGCGACGUGUCAGCGUUCGCUACGCAAACCCGUGAGCGACGGGAUGUCGUCGGGGCGCGCAGUUUACGCGACCCGAAAAUAAUAAAUAUAUAAUAUAUAUAUAUAUAUAUAUAUUGAGAUAUAUGUAAUAAGACUCGGGUAGAGUCGAGUUGAGUUGAAUUUGAGGUGGGUUUGGUAAGUAUUGAAGCUUUGAAUUCAGAGUAUAGUUUGGGUUUCUUCUGUAUUGUGCAUUGUCAAGAUUGUAUUGACAAUAACUCAACUUUGGGAUAUGUUUUGGUUUUUAUGAU